AUGAAAAAGUACAGAGAAUUAAAAAAGACUGGGGAUGGAACAUUUGGGGUUGUGAUCAAGGCUGAAGACAUGCAGAGUCACGAUUUGGUAGCCAUCAAAAAGAUGAAACACAAGUAUCACAAUUUUGAAGAAUGUACUAACUUAAGAGAAGUUAAGGCUUUGAUGAAACUUUAAAAUCAUCCAAACAUAGUCAAGCUUAAAGAACGUAUGAAUUGAAUCAAAUUAGUGUUUUUGGACAAUGACACUCUCUGUCUAGUCUUUGAGUUUGUAGACAAAAGCAUCUAUCAAAUGUACAUACAGCAAAAAGAAAUGGUAACCAAAUAUAAGAUGGAGCUUAGGGUAAAACCAUUCCAGAAGAUCAAAUCAAAUCCCUCAUUUACCAAGUAGCCAAUGGACUCAGUUACAUGCAUAAACAUGGCUACUUUCAUCGAGAUCUCAAGCCAGAGAAUCUCUUGGUCUCCAACGAUGGUAUUGUUAAGAUUAUAGAUCUUGGAUGUGCAAGAGAAAUCAGAUCGAGACCCCCAUAUACCGAUUAUAUUGCUACCAGAUGGUACAGGGUAAAUUCUCUGACUUAAUUCGAUUUAAGGCUCCUGAGAUCCUAUUGAAAUAAGCCAAUUACAAUAGUCCAGUUGAUAUAUUUGCUCUUGGUUGCAUCAUGGCUGAAUUAUUUUUAAAUAGACCUCUAUUUCAAGGUAAUUCUGAAUUGGAAUAAUUCAAUAAGAUCCUUUCCACUCUUGGGUAAUUUGAUAACCUAUCUUCUGUUUUUUAGUACUUUCACUCAAUUCGAAUGGUCUGAAGGAUGCAGAUUAGUCUCUCAAAUGGGAUNGAAGUAAAGAUAUUUUAACAAAUUAACAUGA